AUGAGCUUCUCGCUCACGUUCUCCGAGCUGGUCAACAUCGCCAUCCCGCAGUGCGGGGUGGUGAACUUCAAGGCCCUGCAUCUCCUGCUCCAGGGCAUCCUGGAGCACAUCCACAUGGCCGAGCUCAAGAAGGACCUCUCGGGAGAUGAAGACUUCCUUCAGACCUCGCAGGUCAUGUUCAUGCCCCGAGAAGGAGAUGCCCAGCCCAUCCUCAGUCCCAUGAAGAGGCUUAGCAACGUCUUUGACCAUGUGGUGAGCCGCAUCGACAAGAUGGAGAGCCAGCUGGCCACGCUGCAGGACCUGCCGUCCACCUCUCAGCUGCUGGAGGGCAGCCGGGGCAUGGGCCAGCCCGCCCAGGAACUGUGGCACCUGAUAAAGCUCCGGAAGAUGGUGGAGGGCAACGAAGAAGCCACAGCAAAGUCCAUGAAGACCCUGCAGGAUUUGCUCACUGACAUUUGUGCACUCAAGGUCACCACUGAAACCCUCAGGAAGGAUGUGGACAUGCUGAAGGACAUAUUUGAAAAGAUACAGCCGGAAAGAAUGGACACGCUCUGUAAAGACCUGAAAGGGCAGAACCGGAAGAUGAGUGCACUGCAGCAGGAAGUGAUUUCUCUCCAGAAAAAGAUGGUCACCAUCCCCAAAGCUGAGGACGUGGUGCUCUGGAGCGGCCUCCAUGAGGCCAUGUUCCCCCCGGAAACUUCUCCACUGGGACCUGCUGCACCACAGCUGGAGGAUUCCGAGCUGUGGCAGGUCACAGAGCAGCUCCCAGAGACUGACCUUCCCCAGACCAUCAAGUACCAUGAUGCUGUCGGUCAUGUCCACGUCUCAGAGACCAUCCCACGCCCCCACUUCCUGGAGACCGUCUGGCAUUAUGAUGUCCCAGGGCAACUACAGGAGGAGGAGUCUGCCCAAGCAGUUCUGCUCUCCGGGGAGCAGGGGCCAGGCCAGCCUCAGGUGCUCGAGCCUGGGCCUGCACCUGUGCCUGGACCUGGGCCUAGGCCCGCUCCAGGGCCAAAGCCUGAGCCUGAGCCUCCUGAGCCCCACCCUGCACUGGGGCCUGUGCCGGGCCUGGAGCCCACACCUGCACUGGGGCCCAGUCUGACACCUGGGUUCAUGCCAGCACCUUGGCCUACAUUCAGACCUGGGCCUGCCCCCGGACCUGAGCCUGCCCCAGGCCCUCAGCCCACACCACCAGGAUUCUGGCCUAUGCCGCCAGGGGGCUGGCCUCCUCCCAGAGGCUGGCCCGGCACUAGCACUUGGCCUUUCUGGGGCUUAGGCUACUUGCAGCCUGGCCCAGGCCCGUCAGGCCCCCCACCUGCACAGCUCCAGGGCUUCAGGGCCCCGCCACAGGCUACGGAGCUGGGCUCAGCUUGGCCUCGUCCACUGCAGUCACGGUCUCACAAGGCAGAGACGCACCAGCUCCCAGCUAUCUCAGAAAAAGCGGAAAAGUAUUACUCCCGCUCCAGGAGAGUCCCUCAGGACGAGGCCCCCAGGGCUGACGCCCCCAAGGAAGCACCCCCUAAAGGUCCCCGGUCUGUCCAUCGGAUGAAAACCACUGCUGCCAUUGCAGCCGCUGCCGCUGCUGCCUACGCAGCUGCUGCGACCUCAGCGGCCCGGGCAGCCGAGGCCGCCGCCAAGGUGGUCAAGGAUGCCCCUGCCACCAAAUUGGCCAGUGUAGCAACGACCAUGGCUGCAUCUGGGCCCUUAGGGGUCUUUGCAGAUGUCCUGGGUGCAGGAUCUUCCCAUGGGGCCACGGCCUCCGUGGCCUUCACCGAUGACAGUGAGGUGGAAGACUUGCAGGAGAUGGAGUACGACUUCUUCUCUCCUUUGUACUCUGCCACCAGCGUCCCUCCCGAUGUGACCCUGUCCCAGGCCAUGCUGGCCGCCAAACAGGCUGUGACCCCUGAUGACAAGAGGAACGCCGUCAAGUGCUCUAUGAGCCGCAUAGCCCAGAUGCCUGUUAGACAUGACUCCCUGAGAGAAGAGUUUGCCCAGCUGUCAUCCAGCCUGCAGCAGCACUUGACUUAUCUAGCUAAUAUGGGAGCCUCUUCCCGUCUUGGGACGACAGUGGACGUAUUGCAAGAAAAGAUUGGCAACCUCCAGGAAUCCAGGAUGAAGGAGGAGGAGCUGGAGAGAAUUUGGGGCCACCAAAUGGAGACGAUGAAGGAUCACUACGUCGUGCUGGACAAGGUGGUGGAAAAGCUCCAGAUUCGCCUGAAUGAGUUAAAGAUUAUCCGUGCUCAAAUAAAAAACCUAGAAAUGCAUAAGGCAGACAAAAGUGUGAUGGAGCAGGAGUUGAAAGAGAAAGCCGACAGGAGCACCCUGGCAGGCAAGGCAAGCCGGGUUGACCUGGAAACGAUGGCACUGGAGCUGAAUGAGAUGAUUCAGGGCAUGUUACUCAAGGUUGUGACCCACGAGGAUGACUGGAAGAAGGUUCUAGAGCAGCUGAGAAAGGACCUGAGCACCAAACUGGUUCACAGUGAUCUGGAUGAUCUGAAGAAAGAUGUGAAUGAGGUCUGGAAAGCAGUCAGGAAGCUGCUAAUCGAAGGCCUCAGAUAUGACCCUGACAGUGCUGCCGGCUUUAGGAAGAAACUGUUUGAGCGGGUGAAAUGCAUCUCCUGCGACCGGCCCGUGGAGAUGAUGACCGGCCCACAACUCAUCACCAUCCGCAAAGCCCACCUGCUGUCACGGCUGCGACCCGCCAGCGCCACCAGCUACGAGUGCCUGCAGCGGCAGCAGAUGAGGGAACAGCAGUGGCUGCAGCAGCUCCAGGACCUUGGAGACCAAAAAGGGAGCCUGGACUCACUGGCCUCCCAGCAGGACUGGGGUGAUGGCCCCGGAAACGACACCAAGCUCAAGUUCAAGUCAUAUAACUUGUCAACGCUCUACCCCUAUGGGGACCCCGAGGUGUUGGACUAUGACACAGCUGAGGUGGACAUCCUGGGAGUGGACGGGAUCCUGUACAAGGGCAGAAUGAGCAGGCAGGACGGGGCGCGGCCUGUGACCAGUGCGGAGAAGGAGCUGCCAGCUGUGAAGUUUCCACGCCCCCCGACUCGAAACCUGUAUGAGCGUGUGCGCCCCAGUGCCUUAUUUGGUGCCAUCUACCCCCCCCUGCACCCCCGAACCAGCGUCCCCUCAGCUGCCUCGGGCCCUCACUCCACGAUGCCAGUUCGGCCUCCGUCUCUGCCACCCCUGCCACUGCUGCCACCAGUGAUGCCAUCUCUGCAGGACCGCCAGCAGGCCCCAGAGCCCGCUAGGAACCCGAGGCCUCUGCGCCUUGUGUCCCGAGCCAGCACGCAGCCUGCCGAGGAGCCCGCCAACCCGUGA